AUGCGGGAAGUCGAGGUGCGAAUGAGGGCACCACGAUUGGAAGUUCAUAUUGCUGGAGGGACUCUCUCACACUAUCGUCUGUCCUCAUCGAGCCGAUACCAUCCACUUUCCUUCCCAUCUACAAUGGCUGCGCAGUGCCAUACCUCUUUACUACCACCACCCAACACCGGAUUCCCUAUGG